AUUUUGAUGGCAAUGAGAGCGUAGAUCGAAGAGAGAGAGAGAGAAUAAAUAAAAUGGGUAAAGGUAGUAGCAGCAGUGGAUGUUGUUGUGGAUUGAAGGCAUGCUUAUUGUUCAUUGUGUUUGCAGCGGAUGUAGUCGCAUGGUUUUUUGGUCAGAUGGCAGAGAAUAGUCAAGAUGAAGUGAAGAGCGUGGGUGUAUUUGGGGUAGAGUGUACGAAGAGGAGCAACGGGAGAGCGUCUGUGCUGGGGUCAUUAGCAGCGCACUCAGUGGGAGUCGCUCAUUUGGUCGCCCUAUUCCUCGGACGCUGCGCCUGGCUCACGGGUCUUCCGGAAUAUUGUUGCAGGUCCGGCCGCUGCCCGCCGGGAAAUCCACUGUCCUUUUUAGCGUGGGUCCUAAUGUGGGUUUGUUUUGGGGCAGCAGAGUUGGUGCUGGUGAGGGGAGCGAAUGAGAACAAAAAGUCGUCCGGGAUUUCGUGUCACAUCUCUACCGAUGGGUGGCUCAAGGUGGGAGCAUGGUUGGCCGUUGCCCACUUCGUCUGCGCAUGGGCCUUCCAUUUAUUUGCCGAACAAGCCUUCUCUGCUGAAUAUUACCCCGACGCCAAACCCUCCAAAUCCACUGCCCCACCCGCUGAAUAUUACCCCGACGCCAAAUCCUCCAAAUCCACUGCCGCACCAGCUUAAUAUAUUCAUCCCCCACACUCCAUCUUAUGUUUCUUCAUUAUAUUAUGCAAUACUACUCUCGUUACUUAUGUCGUAUGUAUACACCAAUUCAAUUCCAACUACAUAUAUACGUGCCUACUCCAUCUUUAUAAUAAAUAUAAUAAAUACAUCACACAUCUCAUGUGAAAUGCCAAAUGUAGAUGCAUU